AGAGUUCAUCAAAGCCGGUAUUUGAGCUAGUUAAAUUGACAUAGCUCGAAAUACUUUAUGCAUGAAAAAAAGAACUCCCUUCUGUCACGAAUCAAUGGAAAGAGCGCUAUACGACUGAUUUUGACUUUCACAAAAUAAAAAUGGACGGCAUCGCAAGAACCCACGAAGAUAUCGAGGCUCAAAUUGCCGACAUUCAAACUAAAAAAAAGGAAUUAGCUGCUUCACAGGCUAGUGAAAAAGGUGUUGGCUUGUUGGAGAGCGGCUACUUUGACAGCGAAUUAUAUGAUGACGGUGGCGAUAAGAGGAAACGGUACGAAGGUUACAUGACCUCAAUUGCUGCGAACGAUGAUGCAGACGACGAUGAUGAUGACGGUUUACCCAUUACCAAACGAACAACAUACACGGCACCCAAAAGCAUUCUGAAGGAUGUCAUUAAACAGGGUGAAAAAGACGAGCAAGAUCCAUUUGCGGAUCGUCGUCGACCAACUAUUGCUGACAGAGAAGAUGAAUAUCGACAAAAACGUCGUCGUUUUGUCAUUUCACCAGAGCGAGCAGAUCCAUUUGCCGACGGAGGAAAGACUCCAGAUGUUACAUCGAGAACAUACACCCAGAUUAUGCGAGAGCAAAUGCUGGCAGGCGAAGAAACGGAGUUGCGCAAAAAAAUUCAAGAGAAAUCAAAAGAUGGAACUUUGGUGAAGUCAAGUAAUGGUGAUGCGAGCAAAGCUGCAGAGCCACGUAAACGCGGUCGUUGGGAUCAAACAAUUGAUGAUCAAUUUGUACCAGCAAAAAAGGCGGCCGGUGCGGUUACUCCAACGUGGAAUGAUGUCGAGAAAACGCCGGCAUUUGGUGCUGAGGCACAAACGCCAGGAGCAACACCGCGUACACAAAGAAUGUGGGAUGCGACCCCAGCGCAUGUUCCAUCUACUCCAGCACUCGAAACACCAGCACAUGAAAAGAGUGCACGAAGAAAUCGAUGGGACGAAACGCCGCGUACUGAACGAGAAACGCCUGGACAUAAUUCUGGAUGGAUGGAAACUCCAAAAGCUGAUCGGGCCGAAGAGCGUAUAAUUGAAGCGGCAAGCGCAUCAAAAAGACGAUCGCGGUGGGAUGAAACCCCAACUGCCACGCCAUCGAUGACACCAAGCAUCGGUUUGGCUACACCAUCAAUGACACCAUCGGCCACUCCAGGACAUGCAACACCAUUGCUUACACCUGGUGGAUCUACCCCUAUCGGCUUAAAAGCAGCAUUGUUAGCCACACCAACGCCAGGUGCAUUGGCCGCAAUGACACCAGAGCAAUUGCAAGCAUACCGAUGGGAAAAAGAAAUUGACGAACGUAAUCGACCAUUCACCGACGAAGAGUUAGAUGUAAUGUUUCCGCCUGGAUACAAGGUGUUGCCUCCACCAGCUGGUUAUGUUCCACUUCGUACACCUGGUCGUAAAUUGCUUGCCACACCGACACCAAUGUCUGGCCAAACUCCACACGGAUUCUUCAUUCAGCAGGAAGAUAAACAAGCAAAAUUCAUGGACAAUCAACCAAAGGGACAAAAUUUGCCGUUCAUGAAACCGGAAGAUGCUCAAUAUUUUGAUAAAUUGCUGCUCGAUGUGGAUGAAGAGAAUUUAAGUCCGGAAGAGCAAAAAGAGCGAAAAAUCAUGAAGCUCCUGCUAAAAAUCAAGAACGGUACGCCACCAAUGCGAAAAUCAGCAUUGCGUCAAAUCACUGACAAAGCACGUGAAUUCGGAGCUGGCCCAUUGUUUAAUCAAAUCUUACCAUUGCUCAUGUCACCGACACUCGAAGACCAAGAGCGUCAUUUACUUGUCAAAGUUAUCGAUCGUAUUUUGUAUAAAUUGGACGAUUUGGUACGACCAUACGUGCACAAAAUCCUUGUGGUUAUUGAACCAUUGUUGAUUGAUGAAGAUUAUUAUGCACGUGUUGAAGGACGUGAGAUUAUUUCAAAUUUGGCCAAAGCAGCCGGUUUGGCAACGAUGAUUUCAACAAUGCGUCCAGACAUUGACAACAUUGAUGAAUACGUGCGAAACACAACUGCACGUGCAUUCGCUGUUGUCGCAUCGGCUUUGGGUAUUCCUUCAUUGUUGCCCUUUUUAAAAGCCGUUUGCAAGAGUAAAAAAUCAUGGCAGGCCCGACACACUGGCAUCAAAAUUGUGCAACAAAUUGCCAUUUUAAUGGGAUGCGCCAUUUUGCCCCAUCUCAAGAGUUUGGUACAGAUUAUCGAACAUGGUUUAGUUGAUGAGCAACAGAAGGUACGUACAAUAACAGCAUUGGCUAUUGCUGCACUUGCCGAAGCCGCCACACCAUACGGUAUCGAAUCGUUCGAUUCCGUACUCAAACCAUUGUGGAAGGGUAUUCGAACACAUCGUGGUAAAGGGUUGGCUGCAUUUUUAAAGGCCAUUGGUUAUUUGAUCCCAUUGAUGGAUGCUGAAUAUGCAAAUUACUAUACCAGAGAAGUGAUGUUGAUUUUAAUUCGUGAGUUUCAAUCGCCCGACGAAGAAAUGAAGAAAAUCGUAUUGAAAGUCGUGAAACAAUGUUGUGCAACGGAUGGUGUUGAACCGCAAUAUAUAAAAGAAGAGAUUUUACCGCAUUUCUUCAAGCACUUCUGGAAUCAUCGUAUGGCGUUAGAUAGGCGAAACUAUCGUCAAUUGGUUGACACCACUGUCGAAAUUGCGAACAAAGUGGGCGCAUCCGAAAUCAUACAUCGUGUGGUUGACGAUUUAAAAGAUGAAAACGAAACGUAUCGUAAAAUGGUGAUGGAAACAAUUGAAAAAAUUAUGGCCAAUUUGGGUGCUGCUGAUAUCGAUUCACAUCUGGAAGAAUUAUUAAUCGAUGGCAUUUUGUAUGCGUUCCAAGAACAAACAACCGAAGAUGUUGUUAUGUUAAAUGGUUUCGGAACGAUUGUGAAUCAAUUGGGAAAGCGGGUAAAAUCAUAUUUACCACAAAUUUGCGGUACAAUUCUAUGGCGUUUGAAUAAUAAAUCGGCAAAGGUGCGUCAACAAGCGGCCGAUUUGAUUUCACGCAUUGCCGUUGUCAUGAAAACAUGCCAGGAAGAAAAAUUGAUGGGACAUUUGGGUGUCGUGCUCUAUGAAUAUCUUGGUGAAGAAUAUCCAGAAGUAUUGGGAUCGAUUUUGGGCGCAUUGAAAGCAAUCGUCAAUGUGAUUGGCAUGACAAAAAUGACACCGCCAAUCAAAGAUUUACUACCUCGAUUAACGCCCAUUCUAAAGAAUCGUCACGAGAAAGUACAAGAGAACUGUAUUGAUUUGGUCGGUCGUAUUGCUGAUCGUGGUCCUGAGUAUGUGUCGGCACGUGAAUGGAUGCGUAUUUGUUUCGAAUUACUUGAAUUAUUGAAGGCACACAAGAAAGCCAUUCGACGUGCCACCGUCAAUACAUUCGGUUACAUUGCCAAGGCCAUCGGCCCACACGAUGUGUUAGCUACACUAUUGAAUAAUUUAAAAGUACAAGAACGUCAAAAUCGUGUUUGUACUACAGUUGCAAUUGCCAUCGUUGCUGAAACAUGUCGACCAUUUACCGUUUUACCAGCCCUAAUGAAUGAAUAUCGUGUUCCCGAAUUGAACGUUCAAAAUGGUGUGCUAAAGUCAAUGUCAUUCUUAUUCGAAUACAUCGGUGAAAUGGGAAAAGAUUAUAUCUAUUCGGUGUGUCCAUUGCUUGAAGAUGCAUUAAUGGAUCGAGAUUUGGUUCAUCGGCAAACAGCUUGUGCAGCCAUCAAACACAUGGCAUUGGGCGUUUAUGGAUUUGGUUGCGAAGAUGCUUUAACGCAUUUAUUAAAUUAUGUGUGGCCAAAUAUUUUUGAAACGUCACCACAUUUGGUUCAAGCAUUCAUGGAUGCAGUCGACGGGCUGAGAGUUGCACUUGGACCCAACAAAAUUCUCCAAUACACUUUACAGGGACUAUUCCACCCGGCUCGAAAGGUACGUGAUGUGUAUUGGAAAAUCUACAAUUCAUUAUACAUUGGCAGCCAAGACGCCCUGAUAGCUGGCUAUCCCAGAAUCGCAAAUGACACUAAAAACCAAUACGCCCGAUAUGAACUUGAUUACGUUCUCUAGAGAGGUGAACAAUAAACUAUGAUCAUCAAUUAUAAUAAUAAUAAUAAUAAUGAUAAAUAUAUCUAGAAAACGCGAUAUUUCAUACCAAACUACGAUUUUUAUGUGUUGUGAGCGUUUAAUGUGCAUCUUUUAUAAAUUUUUCCGAUUAGAAACAAACAAUUGUAUCGUUUAAUCUAAAGCUUAUUAUCGGAUUUAUUCUUGACCACAAUUUAAUAGCACGAAAAUCAGAAGAAAAUGUCAUUCAUAAUUAAGUUCAAAUAAAUAAAGGUUUAAUUGAUAAGAAUCAAA